AUUGGCUAGAGGGCGCUAGUUUAAUGUUUAUAGAAAUUCAGGUUUACACGUUUCCUUGUUUGUUUUUGAUGUUGUUAGUCUACUGGAAAUAGGUCUCUAAAUGGAGCAUAUGCUUAAGGUGUACAUUGCGGAAGCACGCAGCAAUCUGUUGGAUCAUAAUUAUGGUAAAGCCUUUGCAUUUUAUUUGUUGGUGUUAAAAAUAGCCCCACACGUUCGUAAAAAUUGCUACGACGAGUUCUCUGCUUCGUGGAGAGAAUGGAGCAACGAAUUACGAACUCUGGGACGCAUCGAAAACUUGUUUACACUAUACCAACAAGGCUGUGAUGCGUAUUUUGACUGUGACAUGCUACAUUACCAUAUGGGGUGCCAGUUGCAUCGAUUGGGUAUGAAACUAGAAGCUGUUGGAAUGUUCAGGAAAGCUCUAGUUGCAAAUAGCUACUGUCAACCUGCAAGGGUAAAUCUUGAAAAUGCAACAAGAGGACUUGUUGAUAGCUGGCAUUUCACAAUGCUUAAUGAUAAGGCUAGAAAUCAAAGCUUUGAAUCUGGCAUACAAAGAGCUAUGGAGACUUUACCCUGUGAUGUGCAUGUCUUGGACAUUGGAAGUGGAACAGGAUUACUUAGCAUGAUGGCUGCACAACUUAAAUCCUGUACAGUUUACGCCUGUGAAAUGUCCAAAGCAAUGCAUACAAUAUCUGAAGAGUGCAUUUCGUUAAACCAGCUGUCUCAUCAAAUAAAGACCAUAAAUCAGCACUCUGAACAUAUUUCAGUCUCUUCUUCAGACUCAAAUCGAAGUGGUAAUGCCUCCCUACCUCAAAAAGUGGAUCUUGUCAUUUCUGAAACACUCGACGCUGGUGUCUUUGGUGAAGGUGUGGUUGAUACUUUAAACCAUGCAUGGAAGCAUUUAUUAAAGGCGAAAUCGCAGGGGGGAAAAGUUCUUCCAAAUUCAGUGACUUUGUUUUGCUGUGUGAUUGAAUCUGAAGCUAUAAGAAGAAAGCAUUGUUUAAUGAAUAAGCAUGAAAAAUUUCAAAAUGUUACCAUAUCAAGUUGUGUAGGUAACCAGUUUAAAAGUAAUUCUGGAAAUUUAACUUUCGUACCAACAGUAACCCAAGAGCCAUACACUUCUGAAACCAUAAAGAAUAUACCACACAAAGUGCUAACUAAUCCAGAGACUCUUUUCAAAGUUGAUUUCAAUAAUCCCGAUCUUCUGGAUAAAAUUGCAACUGGAAAUCACGAAAAUAUUACCAUUGAUUUGCCUGUAGUUAAGAAUGGGACUCCGGAUGCUGUAGUCAUGUGGUUUGACCUUAAAGUAACUGAUGGCUAUCACAUUAUUACUGAUAUUGAAAGCCAGCACUGUUGGGAGCAAGCUGUUUAUCCUGUUCAAUGCUUUUCACAAAACAAUGAGACCCUUAAACAGUUCAUUGACGAAAGCUCCACUAUACGACUAACUUUUAAAGUUGAAACGGAUUGUCUUCGGUUGAUGGUUGUUGAAAGUUUAGAUAAAGACGGCACCAAGCAAGAUGUCAUUUCUCAGUUUUCUUCUGUUACUCUUACAGAUUUUCAAGCGCAUGUUCUUGUACCAGAAGUCCAAAUGUUGCGUUUAAAUGACUGCGUAUACUCAGAGUUGUACUGUAAGUCUGUACUUUCUUUUGAGUAUACGAGUUUACACGUGCUGGACGUUUCACAUGGAUUUAGCCUUAGAAUGGUAAAGCUGGCAAACAAUACAGGUAGUAUCUCGAAACUGUCAAAGUAUUGUUACUCGGAAAAAGAGUUAAAAGCUUUCCAAUCUGUGUUUGACUUUUGCACUGGAACAACAAAAGUUGAAUGCUUUCUAGAGCUUCCCGAACCCAGUCCUAAAUACGAAGUCGUUAUUUCUGACAUUGUAGAGCCAAGUGGGUUAUUUGUACCAAAUAUGCUUCGAAAUUUUGCGAAAUUUAAAGACUGUCUUCUACCAGGAGGGAAAUUCAUCCCAAACAAAGUGACUGUUGUCGCUCAAUUAAUACAUUCCGAUGAAAUUUUAUCAAAAUGUAUGUUGGUUAGUGAUGAAAAUACACUUGGAUUUAAAAUUGCAGCCACAGUGAAUGAUUUUAAAGUAACAACACAUAGUGAUCUGGACAUGCAGACAGUGCAGUAUAUUGGACUUACACCACCAAAAGACACGCUAACUAUAAACUUCAAUGAUUCAGCUUUAGAUGGAUUAGACUUCAAAAAAACAGCAGUCUUUCAGGUCACAAAGAAACAGACUUUACAUGCUGUGUUAUUCUGGUUUAAAAUUAACCUUUAUGAUGAUGUAAUUAUUAACACAAUUGACAAUGACAAUCACUGGUUACAAGCUGCGUAUGUUCUACCAAAUUCACAGCAGUUAAACUUAACCAUCGGUGAUGAAGUUGUAUUAAACACAACGCUUCAUAACGAUUCUUUACUAUUUUCAGCUUCAAAAUAUGGAAGCUAGUUAUAUUGAUGUAUAGGCCUACUGUUUUAAAUCCAAUUAAGCCAUUGUGUAUUUAUAAUCAUGAGUUUUUUGAUUGACUUAUACUUUUUAACCUAUACUGCUUUGACUUACUGGUUCACUCAUAUAUGAUAUCAGCAGAAAAUUGCUUUUGUAUUUCUAUCUAAAUAUUCCUUUUUUCCAAACAUCAAG